AUGCACCUCGAAGCUGCAAUGACUUCUCGAAUGACUGUAGCUCCGCCUAAUAUGACCACCUAUAGCCGGAAAAUGGGCAUCGGUUUUAACCCCUCAAAACCCCUGACUACUGCUCCGCCGCCUCAAAAAUGUUUGAUUUCAAAGCUCUGUUCUUUGUCCAUCCAAGCUGACUCGCUUCCUACCACGAGCUGGAGUUUUCCUGUCAACUACAAAUUUCAUCGAGGCAGGGAAGGUGAAUACUACAAACUAACUUUGAGACCUCCAAGGGCGUUGGGCGCAGAUGCCAAGGAAGGUAGAAGCUCUAAACAUUCUCCCAAACCUAAACAUCCAAAAAUUUCAAUCAAGGAAAGAAAUCCCAAACGUCUCAGCAGUAGUGCAUCGCAAAGGGUAGUGCUUGAUUAUAUCCAGAUUCUCAAAUACCCCCUGAUUACUGAUUUAGCAAUGAGAGAAAUGAUUAACAACAAUACUUUAACUUUCAUUGUUGAUAAACAUGCGGACAAGGAGAACAUAAAGGCUGCAGUCAAGAGUAUGUUUAAGAUCCAGACCCGGAAAGUAAAUACAUUGAUGAUGCCUGAUGGUAAUAAGAAAGCAUAUGUGAUGUUGACGCCCGAUCACAAUGCUCUGGAGAUUGCAAAGAAGGUUAAAAUUAUAUAA